AAUGGCGACUGUGAGUCACCUCUUGAACGCAAAGAUUAACAAUCUAGUAUUUCGCAUUCUGAAGUGGCCUCCACAAACAGCACCUACAAAGUACUAAUUGCCAUCGGUGCAGAUUCUUCGUUUCACGAUACAAGGCUUAUUAAACUGUCAGAUUGUACGUAAUUAGGUAAUUGCAUCAUUUAGGACCGGCUUUAAAUAACCUAACGUUACAAAAGUAGUAGUUUCUGCCAUUUAGUCUGGUCGAAAUAUGAACAGUUCUUUUUGAGGUACAACGCUGAAACGAUGUACAGUUCGCCAGUGAUUGGGACAAUCGUUGAAACGGUAUCGACUGACGCACGAAGGCCUCUGGUUGCCAUAGCGUUCCACGGAAUCGAUCCUACCUGUCACUGCACGCCUCUAUCGAGGUGCAACCCUCUGCCGCCACCUCUUUUGCCAUCGGCUCGAAAAUCUGGAACCCCGCAUUCUUCGCGUACUUUCAAAGCGUGGGUCCAAACAAGCAUAAAGUUAUCAAAUUGUACUUCGACUAUGAAAAACUGCCCGAAAUGGCUCGAUAUCAAGAGCACGAUUUCGAUUCUUUUAGCCAGAUUUGAUUGAAAAUCCCGUUAAUCCGAGUGCGUAAAGUCUAAACGGAGCUGUUAUCGUAAAGAGUAGCUGAAUAUUAUCGAUCUUCUAAACGAAAUAUGUAUGUGUCACGGUUAAUACGGUUUCGUGCUCAGUAUUCCAAUAAGACCGAUCGAAGCCACGUGUCGCAAAAGAGCGACUUUCGGAAAUUAAUCCGUUUUUAAAUCGGUUGUCUCUACAACGAGAGCGACGUAUCUCGUUCGAUUUAAUAUUUUAUCGGCACGAUAAUUGCCAGAAUUUAUGGAUAGUUAUCGAACUUUCAAUUUUGUCAUUUUGAUCGCGAUAAGGUUUGCCGAUAGAUGGAUUCGAACAAGAAAUUGAUGGCUACUGUUAUCUGCAAAUUCCGGUGGCCUGAACUGGCUUUUUCCUAAACAUUUUUAGAUAACCGAUGUUUCUAUGAUUAGAACUUUGAACACGAUGCUUCAGAUUGAUCACGAGGAAAGUAUGAAUCGUGAUUUAACUAUCACGCUGAAGAGCGAACUAGCGGCACUCGAAUACAAGCGGGACCGUCUCGUGUCCGAGCUCCAAGAGACGAAGAGCCUGAUCAGAAGUCGGGAUCAACGAAUCGUGGAAUUGGAGGUAGAGGUCGAUCAGCUUCGCGAACAAGCGGCCAGACAGAAUGCCAUCGUUUCCAGUCUCAAGAAACGUGUACAGGAAUUGGAGGAGAGAGAAAGAGCUCUGUACGCGACUCAAAGCAGAAACGAGAUCACGAUACAGGGUUUACAAAGGGACACCAAGUACCACGAGGAAAAGGUCCGAGAAUGCGACAAGAAAAUACGUCAGUUAGAACAGGCAGUGUCCGAGGAGAUACAGUCGAAAGAACGUAUUCGUUCAAGCUUCCAGGAGUUUACUCGAAAGCUGGCACACGCGUUGAACGUCGAGUACCGCGAAUCCGUUCAUCCCAGCCCGGAGACGGUGGUCCACAAGGUGGAGGAGCUGCUGCAAGAGACGAAUCGUCUUCGCGCUAAAAGCACCAACGUCGAGACGCAAUUGUCCACGAUCGAGAUGGAUCUGAGAAGCUGUCGCGACGCACUGGACCGUGCGGUCGCGGAGAAGGAACAAUUUCAACGGCUAACAUCCUCGCAAACGAUCGAUCUGGACCGCUUGAGACAGGUAUCUCCGCGUAAACGAUCGAGAGUUUGCGAAUUAACGCGAUCGAUUUAUCAGGACAAGGAGUGCCUCGAGAUGCAAUACCGAGUCGCCGAAAGAGAACUGAGCGAUCUGAGGGACAAACUGGCGAACGCGAAUAGAAGCAUAAGCAACGCAACGGGAAACAUAUCGAAUCAAGAGGCGUUGAUCUGUCAAUUACGAGAGGACCUGAAGCACCGCGAGGAAAAGGCGCAACGAGUGCAGAACGAACUUCGACAUCUACUGGAAUCUCUGGCCAUACUCGUCAGCGGACCGAACAGGUUCGUCGAGUCGCACGAGAACUCCAUCAAGGAUCGUAUCAGAGAAAUACUGGCCGAGAACAAGGAUCAAGCUAUCAGCAUCCAAAACCUUCGGGAAAAGCUAAACGCGGCGACGGAGUCGACCAAUCGACAGAGCGAACUGAUCGACAGCACCGUGGCGAAGAUGCGAAGCAUAGAGGACGAACGGGCGAAUCUCGAGUGCAAGGUGCGAAAACUGGAGUCCGAGUUGACUAGCUGCGAGCUGUCGAAGGAGUCUCUGCGGAGGGACAAGCAAACGUUUGUUACGUUUUUAGAGAGACUCGGUAAAGCGAUGCAAAUGGACGAGAUCUCGGAAGAGAUGGGCCUGGAUCUUCAAACGGAGUCGCUUCUGGUGAGAGCCGAACAGCUAGCCAGACUGGAGACCGACAAGUUGGUGGACAAGACUUCGGUGGUGUAUCAACUGCAACGGCGCGUGAGGACGCUACGAGAACAAUUGCAGCGCAGAGAUCUUCAUCUGGAUCUUCUUCGUAGAAAGCUGUCGCUCCAAGAAGACAGCGUCAGAAUGAAAUCGUUGCUGCAAAGCGAGAGAGACGAAGCAAAUCUUCGGGUGAAGAAACUGUCGAAGCAAAUCGAUCGCUUGCAGCUUCAACUUUCCGAAGAGAAAUCGCGGAAUCGCGAACUGAGCGCGCAAUUGACGGAAGCCGCGGAUUACAAGAUAGCCGCCUUGGAGCGCAGCCGGAAGAUAGAGGAACUUCAGAAGCGUCUGGUCGAGAGCGAGAUGCUGAGGACUCGAUGUAACCGGAAGUUAACGAUGUUGAAGGAACAGAUGAGGGCCACGACCGAAACCGCCGAGCAAGAGAGAUCCAUAAACGAUCAUUCGUUGCAACUCCUUAGAGACGAGCUUGCUCAAACGAAGCAAAAUCUGUCGGAGGUUACCAAAAGGGAGUCUCAGUUGCAAAGCUUCCGUGUCUCCGUGGUGAAACUAUUGUCGGAGCCAAUCUGUACGCCCGAUUACGAGCUAAUUUCACGGCUGCAGAAAAUGGUUGCCGCGCAUCGAGACUUCACGAUGCUUUCGCGCAGAUACGACGAACCCUUGGAAGUCAGUCCUUCGAGAUGCACCAACAUACAUUCGACGCAUCCUCCUAGAUCGCCGGGCUCACGGUGCACUCGCUACGAAGACAGCGGAUUCGUCGAACCGCCGGAUCUUCGGGACAUCGAGGAGGAAUUUAAUAAGCGGCCAGUUCGAAGCAGCCUUCUACCGUGACAACGACUCAUGCGCAAAUCUCUAUCGUCCAAAUUGAGCUUCAAUCUCGAUUUCGAUCGGCCUUGAACGGUGCCGCGUUAUCCAUUCAAUUAUACUCGUAUUUAAUCGAAUACACCGAUACGAGAACGUGGUCUACCUUUAAUUCCCCUCUGUAAGAUUCUAAAGCGUGAUUGGGCGUUUGACGCAAUUUCGUUUCUAGUGUCUAUGAAGAACACGGUUACGGAGGAAAGAUUUUCGAGCCAGAAACCAGAGAUUCCCAACCGACGCCAUGCCCUUGGAUUUACGCGGAGUCGGCUCUUUAGUUCGACCUCGACAAAUCGUCCAAAUUCGAUGCGAAUUCGAUUCCGAACGUUCGAUUUUCUCGCGAUUCGGCGAAAAUCAGUUGUCGACUGCGCGUUCAACAGCGUAACGUUGUUACGUUGUUACGCGUGCAUCUUAGCUGGAUAUACGACGACGUAGGCGGGAGUAUCGGUAUAGAGUGGCACAACCGCAUUCCAGGAUGCAGACGGCGCGGCAGAAAGGGGUUCGCGUUGCGUGGCAGACGAGUAUACGUGGGAACGGAGAUGGGCGGAGCGAGAAUACAAGUACCUUGGGAUUCGCAAAGCCCUUCGGGUGUUCGGGAUUUUUCAAAACUCUGCAUCAAGCGAAAAUCCCCGAUUCUUUCUUCGAGCAUUAUCUCGAUGAUACGCGCAAGUAAAUAAUCGCGCGAUUAAAGAGCACAAGAAAUCGAGUACACUCGCUCGAAGAAACGCGUCAUGAUUUGCAGCGGAGUAGGUACGUUUCGAAACAUUUUUGGACACGUUCGGAAGAGACCACGCGACGCUGGGAUCAAGAAUGAAAGGAACAAAGACAAGAAACGAGCGAGCUCUGGAUCGAACGAAAUAACGUUCGCGUUGAAAAGUGGAAUAUAUCGGUGAUUACUCGAGAUUAGUCUGAGAUUUUGCAGCGUCUUCUCUGCAAAUAAGAAACGGUGCAUUUACGGUGCCAUUCGAAGUAACGUACGACCAGAUUGAAUCUCGUUAACCGUGAACUUGGCCAACAGGCUACUUCUUCGCUGGCACGAUCACGAACGCGAACUCGUCGGCUUUAGCCUCCUCGUUACGAACACUGGUUGCUAUCUCAGCGGGAGACACGAUCGCGUUACCUCUUCUCGCGAACCGUGUAAAACACGUAAUAGGGCAACGCGCAGCGUAGCGUUUCCGAACAUACCGGCAUUAUUCGUGUAUUACCGGUUUUUCGCUGCUGCACACGCGGUGUACGAUGAAUUUUAUCCUGUCCCUCUUUCCCGCGGUUUCCCGUCAAAUUACGCGACGAAAACUUCGAUCGCGUCGAAUCGGAACGGGUGGCCGCGAAACGAGCGUAGUGAAAGUCGAGUCAGAAUGGCCGGAGAAUCUUGUUUUGAAAUUUUAAUGGGAGAUUGGAUCUCGUUGGCCCUGAACUUGACCGUGAGUGCACCUCCCAUCGCGCAAAUGCGCGCUUUGUCACACUUCCUGUAUCGGCACGAGAUAUCAUCUUGCUUUCUGACCUCUUAUCGCCGCGUGUAUCUACUGUUUGCAUAAUAGUUUAAUAAUGUCGAAGUUGCGAGAAAGCAAUGACCUUGAUUCGGCUGUAAUUUCGGAUAAUACCGCGUUGCGUAUUCAAUUUCGCGUUUAGGAUGUACGAAGAUUAAUGGUCAUUAGGCGGUGAUUGGCCUAAGAAAGUAUGUCGUCUGACUCGAAACGAAUAUAUGUAGAAACAAACUUUGAAACAACAAUGAACCGAGGCUUUCUCCGACCCAUUCUGGGAAUAUCUUACUCCGGAGACUGAACGCAUGGUAAUGGUUGCUCGAAAGCCGGAAACGCUUCGGUCUUUUUCAGUGUCAACGCUGCGCCAGUAAGACUAAACGACUGAAACUGCACUUCAACUUGACGUUUUCCUGUAGUUUUCGCCCCGUUCCUUUUUCGAGCAAGAGAAUUUCAACUUUUUUCGCAAACUUCCGGCACUUUACAUCGCCUUUUCUUCUAAAUUGAAAAAGGUCGAGAAAUUAUCUGCGUACGUUUAUUUCUCUGACCCAAUCUGCGUUUAAGUACCUUUAAAACACGAGCUCGUUUUACGAUGAUGAUCGAGUCGUAAAAAGCGAUAACCCAAUAUGUUUAGACGGAAAAAUUAUUUCGAUGAUUAAUACUUUUUCGAACAAUGAAAUAAACAAACGCGAAGAAGCUACGGAGACAAAGGGAGGUAACCAUGUGCAUAUAACCAGGAUUAACGUUGCAUUCGAGGUAGAUAUUGUGAGCUUAUCGAAUGCUUAUUUUGCCGAUAAAAGGCAACGAAACGAUAGAAACAGGGAUUACGCCGAGUGUCUAAUUUAUAACAGUUUUAAUGCAUUUCAAGUAGUAUUAAUUUACAGUUCAGAUGUAAACCGAGCCUGCACAUUUAUCCUAAUUGUUUUAAAAUAGGUACCAAUUUCUUGGCAAUGCUAAGAAAUCCUGCCUCGGGAUCCUAAAAGACAAAAGUAACGUCGAGAUAAAUAUUUCGAGAAAAAUAUCGAUGUUAGAUUAGAAAAUAAUAGCGUGUAAAAGUAAAAUUGUUUACCGCUUCU